AAUAAUAUUUCUGGGGCAACUAUCGGUCGCAUGUCUCAAAAUUUUCAGUAUGCUGUAUACUGUAAUAGCUCAUAUGGCCCAACAUUUGGAGGAGGGAAUGAUUUGCGUUGUUCCGAUAGUAACAAUACUUGGUCUUGUAAUCCACAUAGUUACAAUAAUGUUAGUCUUCCAUCUUCAUUUACUGUAUCUGAUUGGGAGGUUUUUAAAGUAGUGAAGCAAGAUUAG